AUGGAGAGCCCCGUGCGGCAGCUGUACCUUCUCCCCCUGUUACUGCUGCUUUGUGGUGAGUGUGCCCAGGUAUGCGGCUGCAAUGAGACGGGAAUGCUGGAGAGGCUGCCCCGCUGUGGGAGAGCCUUCGCUGACAUGAUGCAGAGGGUGGAUGUCUGGAAGUGGUGCAACCUGUCUGAGUUCGUCGUGUACUACGAGAGCUUCACUAAUUGCACGGAGCUGGAGACCAACAUCGUGGGCUGCUACUGGCCCAACCCGCUGGCCCAGAGCUUCAUCACCGACAUCCACAGGCAGUUCUUUUCUAACUGCACCGUGGACAGGACCCACUGGGAAGAUCCUCCAGACGAAAUACUCAUCCCGCUGAUUGCAGUGCCGGUCGUGCUGACCGUGGCCAUGGCUGGCCUGGUGGUGUGGCGCAGCAAGCGCACGGACCAGAUGCUGUGA